AUGUGCACAAACACAGGGGAGUGCGACAUUUUCGACGUUUUGGACUUCCUAGAAAGGGAGCCUGUGUUGCUUCACAUAUUGCUGGAACUUGUGAGAGAAACAGUAGAGUUUGAAACUACACUCCUCACCCGCUUGGAGAAGGCGGAGAGGAGGUUGGAGGGAUUCGAAGGGCGAAAUCCUCACGAAGAAAUGGAAGAGGAACUGGUAUCUCAGGAACCGGACUUUAAUGAAGAAGAGGCCGAAUUUGCUCCUCUGCUUGAAAGCGAUGAUAAGGCCGAAAUCUGGCCAUCCGGAGCAGAGUGGGAUGGAGAAGAAGAACCUGAGGUACUGGCGGCACCAAUGAAGGCGAGUGGCAUUAUAAAACCGGCAGAAUCGGUCCGUGAACUUGCCCUGGUUGUUUUGACAACAAAUAAUAGAGAACAAGCAAAACCCUUUCAAAAGGAAGAGUGGUGUGGAACAUUUGCUGGUUGCCACCCUUGUAAAGUUUGUCAACUUUUAACUCUAAAAAGAUUUCCUGCGCUAGAACAAUUGUAUGCGCUUGGUGCUUUGAAUCAUCGCGGUGAAUUAACCAAAUUGGGAAGACGUAUGGCUGAAUUUCCGUGUGAUCCUUGCAUGAGUAAAAUGAUUAUCGCAUCCGAAAAAUAUGGAUGUUCUAAAGAAAUCAUCACUAUUGCUGGAAUGUUAUCAUGUAAUGCAGCAGUGUUUUAUCGGCCUAAAGCUUUGGUUAUCCACGCAGAUACUGCUCGAAAAGGCUUUUGGUACCAAGCGGUGAUCAUCUUACUUUACUCAAUGUUUAAAUCGUUGGCGCGGUACCAACUACUCGUAGCAAUGUACAGGACGAUGAAAAAAGCUCGGGAUGUUUGUGAUCAGCUUGAAGGUUUACUGGAAAAAGUUGAAAUAGGCCAGGUUUGA